GUAGCAACAGCUUUACAGAAAAUUAGUUUUGCGUCUUAAUUUGGACGGACCACCUUUCUGAGCGAGUUGCAAUAUGCUUCCACCUCACUGACAGUUAGCUCACCCUCGCCAUGGCCAAGAGGAGAUGUCCAGAUUUAAAAAUAGUUGAGGGUCUGUUUGUUUCAUCCAUCUGACACUUGACACCGAAGGAUCUCGCAGACCCGCUUGCUAGCUCAAGCCUUCGCGCUGAGCCCCCAUGGUGGACGCGCUCUCUGGGGCGACUCCUCUAUUUCCGUCUGGUCUCCUGCCCCGAGUCCUGCCACCCGCCGCCGGUCAGAUGCUCAGAGACCUCACAGUGGACCACUUUGAGGUUUUUGCUUUGGACUGUUAUCAAUAAAAAAGACACAGGAGUUGCAGAGAGGAGGCUGUGUGAGGUGACAGUGCUGGAACAGACCAGUAUGGAGUUAACAAUCAGGCCCCAAACUAUGGAUUAAAAAACCAGAAGGAAACUAACAAAUUACAGGAUUGGUUAUACUGAGGUCAUCUAAAAAGCACAAUGACUUCUGGGCAACUCCUGGACCGGGGCCCCGCACUCUGGGCACUGCAGCUCCACCAGCAGGCACAGUGUAUAAUUUUGGGGUCUAUAUUUGCAUGAAUGACAGAACAACUGAGGACAAAGUUUUUUGUUACUGACUCCGCAUCAUGACCUCAGUCGAGAAGCGCCGCUCAAGCCGGAAAAGCGGCAAGCACAGAAAGCACAGCGAUGGAGGCUUUAGCGACGCCUCCAGCGGUGGCUCCUUCCUGGACGAGAACGACCGUGAGGUCAGCAGUCUGACCGACAGAGCUUUCAGGAGUCUCUGCAUUGGAGAUGAAGCUGUUUAUAAUGACUCUGACCUCAGUUUGUCUUCACCAAGCACCCAAAGAGACAGACAGCUGGCAUUUAGCCAGAGCGGCCGUGACAUAGGCACAGAAGCAAGGGAGGUGGAGGAGCUAAAGAGAACUGCUCAUGAGAACUUCGACCUCCGGAUGCAGCAGUUUGGAGAGGCCUGGAUCCAUGGAGGAAUGUAUGGAGCUGAGGUCCAGAGCGAUCAACAGUGGGGGGGUUACGGGCAACGGACACAAGGGAGGGUUUCUGCCACAUUCCAGCACUCUUUUGUGGAAACUUCUCAUCUGGGAAAGUCUUUGAACGAGGAGGAGCUUUCCUCCUUCAGCAAUGGAGCCACAGAGUUAAGUUCACAACGACGCAGAAGCCGCUCCAGAGUUUCGUCUCUCAUAAGAGCCUUUAACUCUGAGGGACAUAGAGAUGGAGCAGGAAUGAGUGAUAAUGAGCCAAGCUGGGACAAAUCAGCUCUGAUGAGUAUCCAGAGGGAACUUUCUGAAUUUUCUACGUCCUACCAGCAGAAUUUCGACAGUGGCCAUUACGCCUCUGCAAGCCCAUUUUCCUCCAGAGAAACAAACUUCUAUUCCUCUGAAGUGGCAUCCAUGGCUCAUAUGUCUCACAAUUCUGUAUCGUCUUUUAUGAGAUCAUCACACAGUACCCAUGGCAUGUCUGCACAGGUCAACUGUAACUCCAACUUCUUCAUACACAGUGAGUUUAGUCCCUUCAAGGUGUGGAGGGAUCAUAACAGGUUUCCUUUCCAGCAAGGGGAAGUCUCCGGGUUUAUGCAUGCCUCAGAGUUUCCUAAAUGGUAUGAGACACCAAUGUACAAAGAGCUUUCACUUGACAAUCAACCACAGGGUCCUUAUAGGGGGAUCAGACACCAUAGGAACAGCCUGGCACCCAUGGGACUUCCUGUUCCCUCGUACAACACUGCAGCAUCUUCUGUGUGGCACAAAGCUUCAGCGGUGGAGAAACGCUGUGAGUCAGAGUUGGCUAGUAAUUACCCUCACAGGAGGCGGACUCAAAGCCUGGGAACUAAUAAGCUACCAUCCCAACGCCCAUCAACUGCCUCACCUACUAUCGAGAUGUCGCGACGUGUCAGAGACACCAUCAGUUCUGUGAAAGCUCUCCAACAAAAAAUACAAAUAAUGACUCAGCAAAAUAUUACAACAGGGGUGUUAGCAGAUCAACAUGGAGUAUUGAAUAGGAAUGAUCAUUUAAUUCACUCUGGCCAUAGUGUACCAACACUUCAACCAGAUGUUGUUAGCAGUAACACAAGUACAACUCCUUCCAAUGUGAGCCAGAUGCUCAGACCUUCAGUCCAUGCACAUCAGGAAGCAGACACGUCAGGUUUCCAGCAGUACGAAUUUCCUCCUCAACCAGUGGAACAUCCUCCAGUCCGGGCUGAAAGCAGGGGAGCCACUCCUGAAGUCAGGAUGUCCACCUACAAGUCCCGAGCCACAAGCCUGCUCUUCAAUCUCAAAGACAACAGGAAAAGGGUAAAAAGCACCUACAGUCCUACCAAAUUUAAAGGCUUGGAUACACAGCAGAAAAACAAACAGCCGUUUGACCAGGAGCAAAGAGAGACUGUGAUAGAUGUACCUGAAGCUCUUGAUUCAGACAUGCAAUCCUUCCAGCUGGAGGAAUCUACAAGGACAAAUGCUGCUGUAAACCAGUAUCACAGCCCCGGACUGACACUAACAACUCAACCUACAAAGGAAAAUACAGGCCAAUAUCCAGGAAACACUUCAGCUGAUUACCACACGGCUCAGAUGCAAGGUCAGAUGGUUCGUCACGCUGGGUUCAGUGGCUUCAUACCUGAAAAUUACACUAGCAAUCAGUUGACUAAUGGACAGAAUCCCGAUGAGUAUUUAGCAUCAUUUACUCCCUAUGGGCAAGGUGGGAUGCAUCAUAUUGGAACUUCGGAAGGACUUAAACAGUCUUACACGGACAUGGAUAUGGACACAUCAAGGCUAAAUACUGACAACAAUCAAAACAGACAACAUUUAAUAAGCACGGCAAAUAGUGGUCAAGCUUUUAACGAAACAGCAGAAAGGAUGCUGACAAGGGGGGAAAGAUAUGAUCAGAUGAAAAGUAGGAGAUAUGAUUAUAAUAAUGUGACCUCCAAGGAUGAGAUGAGACAUACAAACAACACAGACGCAGAAAAGCUCAACCUGAAAGCAGCUAUCUCUCCACAGAAACAAGAGACAGCCCUGGAAAGACAAGAAAAUCCACAGGGUAGAAUUAAAGAUCUUGAAAAAGUGGAAUUGAAGGACAGCUUUGGUUUUGUAAUAUCAUCUCAUAAAAAUGAUGGUUUGGUCAGUACUAAUAUUUCUAAGAAGUUGCAGGAGCAGCGAGGGCAAUUGGAAAAUGAAAGGAAAGACAGUCGUUUUACACAGGGUUAUCACAGAUUUACUGAUCAAGAAUACAAUAACGAACACAAGCUUGAUCCUAAAGUAAACAAACCUACGAUGAUGCAAAAAACAGGCCAGAUGAAAAUUGGCACGCCACUUCUGGAGGGAGAGGAAAAACAAACAAUACAGCAAGUACCUAACCUCCAGUUUGAAAAUAAUAAUCUGAAAAAAUCCUCACCUGACUCUAGCAAUGCAUCUGACCCUGCAAAGACAAACCUGAUGAAAGAUAGACCGUUUUUUGAUGUCAGGGGUGAACAGGUCAUGGCAGAACGCAGGACAGAGAAACACACCCAAGCAGAGCUGGCAAAGGUUCAGCAGAGGGCUCAAGUACAGCAGCCAACAGCAGAAUCAGCUGGGUUAAUUUUAGUCCAGCAGACUGGCUCUGAGAAAGUCAAAGCAGAAGAGUUUAAGCCGGAACCAAUGAAGCCUGAGAGUGUUAUGCAAACCAAAGAAGAACAUAUUAAAGAUGAGAAGAAACUAGAACAGGCAAAACAGUCCAGACGACAACAACCAGAGCUGACCCGAGAGGAACAGACAGAGGCCAAGCAAACCCAAGUUCAGAAGUUAACAGAUGAGCCAAAAAAUGUUACGCAGAAAUCCAGCAACAAGCACAUGAGAGAGAAGCAGGGGAAGGAAGUCAAAUCAGAACAAGCUGAAAAGGAGAAGCCGCAAGAACAACAAAGAAAAACUGAACUGACAAACACUGAGCAGACUGGGCCAGCAAAAUCACAGCAAGCUGAAACUGAAAAAACCACAGGGGCAACUACAGAGCAACUUAAAGAAGAACAGCUGAGCUCCAAACUAGCUGAAAGAGAGCAUAUGGAGGCCGAACAAAUCAAGACAGAAAAGGUUCAUGCAAAACCCACUGGAACCGAACAUAGAAAAGCAGAACAAACGGAGCAAAUAAAAGAGCCACGAAGUAAAACAAAACAAAUGAAAACAAAGGAAGCUGAGGUAGGAGAGGUCAAAGCAGACAACAUUAGAGUCGAGGAUACCAGACAAACUAGAAACAACAAAGAUUCAGUUAAUCUUGAACGUAUAAAUGCAGAGAAACCUCCAAAGCCUAUCUUGACAGCUAAAGACACUAAACUUGAAGAGAGAAAAACAACACAAACAAAGUUGGAGGAAACCAAACUCAACCAAACUAAAACAGAGCUACAAAAAACAGAAAACCCACUUGAAAGGUCAGCAGAACUUGCGUCCAAGCUGGCUGCACCACAACACGCCAGAAGUGAGCCGGACAGAGUUAAGCAAGUGAAGACAGAGCUUGCGAAAGCCAAAGCCGAGUUAGCCAAAAUCAAGGAGAAAAUGAGAGGUGAACAAAAAGAGAAAUUAAGCAGUGUUAUUUUAAAAGAGGGUGUACCUUUAAAUAUCACUAAAAAUCAGGACAACAAAAACCAGGAUAAAGUACUACAAAUGCAAACUGAUAGAGGGCCAGAUGAUUAUAACAGUCUCAGAGAGAAAUAUGGUUUUAUUCAUUCAAUAUCACCAAUCAGAAAUAAAGGUUCAACUACAGAAAGUGUACCCUCAAAAGAUACAGAUGAAACAAAAGGUUUGUCUCUUGAUAAAGUUGAUGCAGGAGAUAAAGACAAAUUACAAGGUGGACGUAGUCCAACAAGCACAUUUAUGUCAGCUAACAUGGAAAAUAAGGGAGAACUUGCCCUUAAACACGAUGAGGUCAAAGAAAAUCAGUAUGUUGACGAUGAGUCCAAAAAACUGAAACUGUCCGGUGCUUAUUCCUUUCCUACUCAUGAACAUAAAAGAGCAAAUGUUGACAUUGUUAGUGACAAUUUGAAGAGUAACAAUUUUGAAAACUUGGGAAAAUGUGGCUCUGUGAAAGAAACUAUUUUACAGCAAAGAGAUUCUGAUUUGUCUAAACUGCGACUCCCUGAAAGAAAACCCAAGACAGUUGAGCACAGCGUAGGCCCCAGUAAGGAUCUGCAUGGUACCCCUCCAAGGGCUUUGUCCCAUAAAGACAAAGCUCAGACCAAGCAGGAAAUCCUGACUUCCAAAAUAAAAGCUCAUGCUGAAAAAGAGAUUUCAGCCAUUAAAGAAAAGGGCUUUGCUCUGCAGCUACCAAGUAGUCAUAUUCGUCAGAGGCCAUCAGCACGGGAGGUGUCUAAAAGGCAUGACAGCACAGAGACCAGCAUUAUGUCAGCAAAACACGUGAUGGAUUCUUCAGAAGUUCAGAUAGAGCCAGCCAAGUAUGUUUUACCUCUGAACUCUGCUACAACACCUGUUACAUCUGCAACGGCCACCAGCCAGUUAGCAGCCCAUGUAGAAAAACCCAGACAAACAAACCAGACAGCAAGUAGUGUUGCAACUGCACCGGUGGGCCUUGGACAGAAACAACUUGGGGUCUGGUCACCAGUGUCAAAUAAAGAGCAGGCACCUGAGAUUGCUCAAGGAAAACGGCUAGUAAAUCAUGAUGCAAAACACAAAGAGGAACUUUGUGAUAAACAAGCAAUUAACACUGAAAUGAUCAACAAAAGAAGUGAGGGUUCAAAACAAGCUACAUCUGUCAAUACUGCAAACCCCAAUCCUUUGUCCACAAAAAAUGCUGAAAGUAAAGAAACAGCUUGCGUUGAUUCAACGUCACUAAAUAUUGCACUUGGUCCGACAGAAGCUUCUGUAGCUGAUGACAACCUACAGAUCAUGGGAAUUAUGGUAACUGUACGGGAUGGAAAACCACCUGUGGACUCUGGUCUAGAGACUAACAGUAUUGAACAGAAAAAGAAUGAGAAAGAAAAUAAUAAAUGUGAGCUAGAUAAGAGACAACCCAGCUCAGACAUGGAGGAAAACACCCCUUCAGAUGAAGUAAACCUGGUGAAAGCAAAUGAUGUGCAGAAAACUCUCUCUAAACUAAAAGAUAAUCAUAGUGAUAAUAUUCAUUCUGAAAUUGUGCAAGAAACUUCAACCUUGGAGGCAAGGGAAAGCAAUAUGACAGGAAAUGCCAUGGUGACGAGGACAAAUCUCCAGCAAGAGAGUUCUACAACAAAUGCAAAACCCCAAAGGGGCAUGCAACUGGAGCAAGUGACUGAUAAAAGUGUACCCUUUGCUGCCACUGGAUCUGCAAAAGAUAAAGUAAUGGUUGAAACUCAAGCCAUUGUCUAUCAACAGUAUGAAACAACUGAAGAACUAAAGGACAACACAAACAAAACACUGAAGGAGAACUUGGCAGAAAGCCCUGGACAAAUGAUGACAGAGGAUGAAAAAGAUAAACAGCAAAAAGAAACAACUCAAACUAAUGAGAGUCUUAUUCUCAGUGUGGUCGACAAUCAAGGCAGCAGCAAUGAUGCUGAAACUGUAUCACAAAAGCUAACUGUGAAAGAGCAUACGACAACUGUUUUAAAAGACUCCAAAAGCUCCAACGUAAAUGGGCACAACCCAUCUGAGAUGGAGGGAAACAGCCAUGACUCUUCUUCAUCCAAAGCUUUCACCAAAACCAGAACUUCAAACAAUUCAGCUGAGAAUGAAAUGAGACAUGUAACUCAAAAACUGCAAUGUGAUGAAACCCAAAUGACAGACAACAGUCAAGAGGAUGAUGUACAUAUUGAUAGCAUUGCCAUCAGAGUUGUGCAGGCGGUAACUGAGAAAGACAUUGUGGAGGACAAUGUGAAAAUAGUAGGAAAUGAUCACACUUUAGCCAUUUCCUCUGAUGUUGAACCUGCUAAUAGAAAACAGCAAACUUCAUCAUCUAGUUGUGAAAAACAAGUUAACAAUCCAAACAAUGAACACUGUUCAAAAGACUUCACACCAGCAAGCAGUGAGCAGGAAAGGAAAGAAAGUUUGGAGGAAAAAUUAGCAGUACAACAGGUGGUACCUAGUGUAGGAAAACUGUCUGACACAAUGAAGAUCAGCAAUAAACUGAGCUGCACAAUUGCAGCCAAUGAGAAUAGUGAAGUUCAAAACGGAAAGCCUGAAUCCAAUACCCAACCAGUGGAGGAAGACUACUUUCAAGUUCAAGGGCUAACAGAAACAAGCAAUGACCCACAUAAUUUAACCGUUGGAGAUACAUCAGAGGAAAGGGAACAUCCAGGGUUACAACCAAACAAGACAGCCAUCAGCAAGGAACCACAGGAGGAAGGAAAAGGUGCAGCUUUUCUUUUCAGCAUGGACCCAGGUGAAUGGAAAGCAGAUGAUUUGACUUCAGGAAGCAAGAACAGGAACAGGAACAAAAUUGAAACAGAAGACAUCAAGGCUUCAGAACAGACUUAUGGUUCCAUGGAAAGAUGGAGUAAUAAUGAGAAAAACAAGGCAGAUCAAGCUAAUCAUAUUAGAAAGCAGCAUCACAGAGAGAGCCAGUCUAGUUUAUCAGCAGUGGACAAACAUAGUUCAGGAAAUUCCCCACCAACAAAUCAAAACACAGCUGCAGAAAAACUGGAAGUUAAACCAAAGGAAAAGGUUGCCACAAUACCUGAGAUCUCAGCACUUGCAGAUUAUGCCAGAUUAAAGGUAAUUGUCCCAGAGGACGAGGAGGGGAAUACAAUUCAGGAAUUCCCACCCAACAAAAAGGAAGGGUUCUUUCCACUAAUACAAUCUCGUCACAGCAGACGCCCUGUGUUCACUGAUGACCUACAAGACCUUUCUGUGGAAGAGAAAAGCUUUUCUAAAAAGACGGAGAUGAAAUCCAAAGUGAAUAAAGAGCCCAAAUCAUUAGUAUUUCCAAUUAAGGAAAGGGAGCACCAAAGAACAGGAAUGUUCAAACUUGGUGACAAAGACACACAAGAGAAGAUGCAUAUUGAUUCCAAAAUGAUUACAGGUAUAGUGGAGCCUGCAGUAGAUCUCAAAGAGACAGAGAAGUCACCAACAGCUCAUACACAACACAUGACUGGAGCUGGAUGCCAAAGAGUAAAUCAAAGUCCUGGUGAUCUAAACAAUCUUCCUUUGCAAUCAACAACCUCACUUUUUGCAGCCAACAUGCCAAAAAACAACUCAGAAGAAUUUACUUAUUUAGAUAGAAAUUUACCCCCAGAUCCAAAUUUGGAACAAAUGAAUCACAGAAAAGAUAACAUGAGUGAUAACAGGAGUGAAAAACAAGUAAAAGAUACAGGGGCUAAGGCGGAGGAUGGUGGGACAGAUCAACUAAAAAUACUUGCAACUCAGCAUGAAGAACCCAAAAUAGAGCGGCAAGAUAGGAGAAGGCAAUUGGUGGAAGAGAGAGUGUCUCGGAGUGAAAAGGCAAAAAGAGAAGAGGAAAUGAGACUAAAACAGAUAAUAGAAAAAAGUAGGGCUUCUCUGGCUGAAGAACAGAGAAGAGUGAAUCAAAGAGAAGAAGCAAAGAGGGCGAGAGACCGUGAGGCCGUAGCUAUUAUGAUCAAGGAGAGACAGAAAAAGCAAAGAAAAGCAGAGGGCAGAGCAGAGGAGGAAAGAGAUGGAAAGGAGAAAGAUGAGGAGGGAACUGCUCUAAAGGAAAAGGAGAUAAAAGCAAAACAAAUGCAAGAAGAAAUGAGAAUUGUUGAAAAGGGUGAGAAGAGAAUACAGCCACAGGAGGAGCAAAAGAGAAAAGCUACUCAUGAUGACCAACAGGAAAGAGCAGUAUGGGGGCAACAAAAGAGAGCUGUUCAAAACAAGCAGAAAAAAUCAGAAGAUGAGCAACAAAGAUUUGCACAAGAAGAAAGAUGGCAAAUUGUGACUCAGGAACAGGCUUGGGAAGAGGAUCAGAGAAGAGCAACAGAUGGGCAAAAAAGGAGACCUGCCCAAGAGAAGCAACGGCAUGAAGCAGCAGAGCAACAACAACUGAAUGCUGUUCAAGAGGAACAAAAUAGAGGAGCAGAAGAGGAGCAACAGAGGGAUGCAUCUCUAUUGGAGCAACAGAGAAGAGCCAAAGAAGAGAAACAGAGGAUAGCUGCUGAAAAUGAACAGAGAUUGGCAACAGAUGAACAGAAAAGGAGAGCUGCACUAGAGGAGCAGCAAAGACGAGCAGCAGAUGAACAGAAAAGGAGAGCUGCUCUAGAGGAGCAGCAAAGACGAGCAGCAGAGGAGCAGCAAAAGAGAGCUGCUCUAGAGGAGCAGCAAAGAAGAGCAGCAGAGGAGCAGCAAAAGAGAGCUGCUCUAGAGGAGCAGCAGAGAAAAGCUGCCCUAGAGGAGCAGCAAAGAAGAGCAGCAGAGGAGCAGCAGAGAAGAGUAACAGAGGAGGCGCAGAAGAAAGCUGCCCUAGAGGAGCAGCAGAAGAGAGCUGCCCUAGAGGAGCAGAAGAAGAGAGCUGCCCUAGAGGAGCAGAAGAAGAGAGUUGCCCUAGAGGAGCAGCAGAAGAAAGCUGCCCUAGAGGAACAGCAGAAGAAAGCUGCCCUAGAGGAGCAGCAGAAGAGAGUUGCCCUAGAGGAGCAGCAGAAGAGACAUGCCUUAGAUGAGCAGAAAAGAGCUGCCCUAGAGGAGCAGCAGAGGAAAGCUGCCCUAGAGGAGCAGCAGAGGAAAGCUGCCCUAGAGGAGCAACAGAGGAAAGCUGCCCUAGAGGAGCAGCAGAAGAAAGCUGCCCUAGAGGAGCAGCAUAAGAAAGCUGCCCUAGAGGAGCAGCAGAAGAAAGCUGCCCUAGAGGAGCAGCAGAGGAAAGCUGCCCUAGAGGAGCAGCAGAGGAAAGCUGUCCUAGAGGAGCAGCAGAAGAGAGUUGCCCUAGAGGAGCAGCAAAAGAGAGCUGCCCUAGAGGAUCAGCAGAAGAGAGCUGCCCUAGAGGAGCAGCAGAAGAAAGCUGCCCUAGAGGAUCAGCAGAAGAGAGCUGCCCUAGAGGAGCAGCAGAAGAAAGCUGCCCUAGAGGAGCAGCAGAAGAAGGCUGCCCUAGAGGAGCAGCAGAGGAAAGCUGCCCUAGAGGAGCAGCAGAAGAGAGUUGCCCUAGAGGAACAGCAGAAGAAGAAAGCUGCCCUAGAGGAGCAGAAGAAGAAAGCUGCCCUAGAGGAGCAGCAGAGGAAAGCUGCCCUAGAGGAGCAGAAGAAGAAAGCUGCCCUAGAGGAGCAGCAGAAGAGAGUUGCCCUAGAGGAGCAGCAGAGAAGAGUAGCAGAAGAGGCGCAAUGGAAAGCUGUCCUAAAGGAGCAACAGAGAAGAGCUGUGCUACAAGAGCAGAAGAGAAAAGAAAUAGAGGAGCUUCAGAGUAGAGCUGUGCAAGAUGAGAAAGAGAGAAGGGCAGCAGAGGAGGAGCGACAAAGGAGGCUUGCAGAAGAAGAAAAACAUUGGAGAGCUGCUCAGGGGCACCUGAAAAGAGAACCAGGGGAGCAGCAAAGGACAGCUACCCAAGAGGAGCAUCAGAGAAGAGCUAUACAAAAAGAUCAACAGUGGAGAGCAGCAGAUGAGCAGCAAAGGAGAGGUGCAGAAGAGGAACAGCAAAAGACAGUGGCCCUGACUGAGGAGCAAAGGCAAGCUAAAAAGAUGAAAGAAAAAAUACUGGAGGAAAACAAAAGAAAAGAAAGAGAGGUCAAAGGCAACUGUACUCCAGAGGAAAGGAUUGUAGUGCUCCAGGAACAGAUGAAAGUGCAGCAGCAGAUUGAAAAGCAAAGAAUAGAAAUGGGAGAAUUUAUAAGAGUCCAAAAACACGAGGUGGAUGAAUUGAAGAGAGCGGCUAAAAAAGAGAAGAUCAUGAAAGAAAGUGAAGAACAGCAAGCCAAAAAUGAGAGUGCAAGAUCUCUUGAAGAGAAAAGGGUAGCAGAGGAAUUGCUAGUUGAAAGAGAAAGUUUGAUCCAAACCAAGCCGAGAGAAGAAGACAUCAACUUAGUAACUCAAAGAGAAAAGGCAAAAGCUGCUCAGAUGGAGAAGCAAAGAAGAGCAGCACAGAAGAUGGAUGCUCUCCAGUACUAUGCCAUUACUUCAAGUAGCACAGAGAGGAAAUCCACAGAAAGACAGCAAUCCUCCCCUCUACCUUCACAACAUAGAAACAACCCAUUGAGGCUUGAAUCAGCUGAUGAGUCAAUAUACAAUUCAAGGCACUACAGACCACAUGCACCUGCAUCUCCAGCUCCAUCCCUGCCCCGUUCCAACACUUCCUCUCCUGCACUAGGGGCAAAGCCCUUAAUGUUCAGAGUGAAGGAUAACACCAUCAGAGGUUCGUUUUUUACCAAGUCAGUCAAACCGAGGUUCCACAGGAGCUUUGGAGAUAUUUCACCCUUGGACAGGGCAUCAGACAGAGGAGAGGAUGAGCAGGAGAUCAUGAGGCAUAGUGCCGGAACUCCUGUCCAUCCGGACAUGGGAUUAAACAGAUUAGCUGCUAUAAAUGAAUCUUCAGCUCCCCCUUCAACUUCUUUACUAAAGGACUACUCCAUCUCUCAUCACAGGCCCUAUUCAAGGAGAAGUAUUGUUUUGGAUGAAGACGACUGCCGCUCUGUUAUCAGCAACAUGUCGGAAGAUGUAGAGAGCGUGGCCACCAGUAUGGCAGACCUGGCAGAUAUACGAGGGCUGCUUGACUGUGAUAGACCAGAUUCAGCCUGUAGCUUUAGCAGUGACGUUUCUCGCUCUAUGGGUAAACCUCCCACUGUCCCACCAAAGAGUGAGAAAGCUUUGCGCAGGGCUCAGAGGUUAACAUCUCGAAGAAUGAAGAAAGAUCAGUCCAAAGCAACAGCAGGAACCCCGGUCAGAGUUGAGAAGGAGGUCUCCACUAUUCCUUCCUCCUCCACUGAGGUAUGCUCUUCAAAUUACCAUGCUGUGGCUUCGCCUCAUUUUUCCCUACCUGUCUCCCUUGCUCAUGCACCAGCAUUGGAAUCUAGCUUGCCCCCUUCCUCUUCAGAGCACCAAUCUAUCCACCACUCUUCCCGUGCUUCCCCCCAUGCCACUGGCCCAAUUUCCCUCCCCUUUUCCUCACCUCAUGCUACCUCCACCCUCCCUGCUUUGUCUCCUCAUGCUUCUGCCCCUGCUUCCCAACCUGCUGCUCCUAAAAUAGUUGCUCAUGUACCCUCUUCUCCCACUCUCCAUCAUGCCAACCAACCAACUCCAGUGACACAGUACCAUGUUGAGUCAAGCCGCUUUCCUCAGUCCUUCCCACUGACCCAGCGCAAGGUUCUGCAAGAUCUUGGUUCUGGUCAGUAUUUUGUAGUGGAUGUGCCUGUUCAAGUGAAAACAAAGACUUUCUUUGACCCAGAGACAGGAAAAUAUGUUCAGCUUAAUGUGCGAGAGUCUGGUCAAAACAUCUCUCAACCUCAGCCCCAGCCCAAAACGCAGAACAAGCCCCAACAACAGCUCAUCCCCCAGUCCCCUAUAGCUGGGAAGCCUAUUGUUUUUUAUCAUGGCUACCACAGUUAUCCCCAAAGCUAUCCACCAGCAGCUAUCAACUCUAUGGACCCCAACAGGUCUUCUGCCCCUGGAACUUUACACAAUGACCAACAACCUUCAAGGGAGAGUCACAGCUACAGAACUUCAUCUGUUGAAGGCGAACAUAACUCUCAGGGUCAUUGCUACAGUCCAGAGAAGACACCAUACAUGGACACAGUUAAUGACACAGACAAAUCAUACAACCCAGUAAGCAGCACACAGAACUCAUGUGAAUCAUUGUCAGAGUGUGAAACAAACAGCCAGCUUACAGGAAGUUCAGUUUGUGAAAAUGAUAACUUAGCUUGUUCACUAUAUCAGCCCCGUGACAUAAUAACUAUAAGUGAACUAGAGGACUUUAUGGAGGUGUCUGAUUGGUGACAAAGAUGGGGAUAAAGUACUUUAUGAAACGAAGAUACUGGAAAGCACAUCCUGUGUAGAUAAUGACUUUCAUUAUUUCAGAAGAUAACUGUUGUUUUUGGACUAUAGUUUUAAAAAGUCGAUUUAACAUGACUUUAAAUUGCUGCUGCUGUUUUUAGAGAUUCACUGUUCUAUUGAAUGUUUUUUGUUUUAUUUUGAGGUCACCAUUCCAUUUGACUUUUGAAUGUUAGAGAAAAGAUAUGUCCCUGUGAAAUAUUAUCAUCUGUAUAGAGAAAUAGUAAUCACACAUCAAAAGAACCUUUGAGAAUGACAAAAAAAAAUGUUGUUUUUGCUGUGAACUCUGAUGGGCCUGGUUAUGUUCCCCUUCUUUCUAGUGGAAGCUUUCUUUUAGCAAUAUAUGAUGCAUGGAAUAUUAAACAUAAAGUGUCAAAGUUUUUCAAGCAGUGUAAAGUACAUUUUGUGCAUUCAGCAACAGCAACAAAUUAAUACACGUGAUUGUUGCUGUUUCUAAGGAUUUAUUUAAUACAGUAUAGUCCAUUUUUUAAGUUGGAUGUUUGUGUGAUUGUUUCUGCAUUGCUGUGAGACACAGUAGUAUGACUUGGACAUAUUCAGAAAUAAAAAAACGCCUCAUUCAA